GCGACGUCACAGGUUCGUCAUAGCUCCGAGGAAGCGGGAACCCCGGCAGCCUCGAUUGGAUUUCUGUUCAUGCUGGAUCAGCAGUGGAUUUAAAAAAUCCAAAGCUUCACAGAUGGCCUGCGAGAAAGAAAUAUGGCAAAAGAUUGGAGAGGGCUUUGUCCAAGAAUAUUAUAACCAGUUUGACAAUACCAACAGGACAACUCUGGGUGACCUAUAUAGUGCUGAUGCCUGUUUGACGUGGGAAGGUUCAGUUUUCCCAGGGAAAGCAGCCAUCUCUGGAAAAUUAGCAAGUUUGCCAUUUAAAACUAUUAAGCACAUUAUCACAGAACAAGACUUCCAACCCACAGUAGAUAGUUCUAUCUUCAUCAUGGUGUUUGGACAGUUGAAGGUAGAUGAAGAUCCACCAAUGGCCUUUCAUCAAGUGUUUAUGCUGAAGUACCAGCAAAACACAUGGGUCUGCACAAAUGAUAUAUUCCGGUUGGGGAUACACAAUUUAGCAGCGUAGCGAUCUGAUUUUAUUGGUUAAUACACAUUGAGAUCGGGCAUAUAAUUCAACUGUCAUUGAAAAUAAAAGGAAUUAUAUGCAGUAGUUCCUCCAUGUUUACAAAACAUCUAUAAGCGUGAUAAUUGUAUUAAACAUAUCAAAUUGCAUUCCUGUCCAAUAAAAUAA